GUUUACUAAUUGAAUAAUUGCACAUUAAAAGAAAAUGUAUACCUCCUAAUUGAGAAACAUAUAUCUUGGGAUUAUACUCCAAAUAGAAGAUUGAUUGUGAAGGAAACGUUUAAGCUAAUUAAUUUUUAAGGUAUUGUUAAGAGAAUCAAAAUCAAUGAAAUUUAAGCCACCUUUAUUAUAAGAAUUCAAAAUAACUGAUUUUAUAAUACUCAAAUGGAAUACUAAUUCCCUUAGUAUUUCCAUUGAUGCCUUACACAGAAACCUGUCAAUCAGGGUCAAGGGUUGGAUUAUGCUAUGGGGCGUGUUUGUCUUGGGAAGUGACGUCACUCACAGUCGACGGUCAAGAGGUGAUGCCCUGAACAGACGCCGGUUUAUCAAAUCAAAUCACUUUAUUGUCACACUACCAUGUACACAAGUGCAACAGUAAAUGAUGGGUUAUUUCAUCAACCCAACCGCUGGGUUAUGAAAUGUUUUACCCAUUAUGGGUUAUUUAUAUGGAUUUUGACUCAACACAUGAGUUGCACAAAAUUACCCAAAUUCCAUCUACCCAACAUACAUCGGUUGACCCAGCACGUGGGUUGUUUGUGCUUUGAACGUCAUCAUCAUCACCACCAGACUCAGAGUCCACCAGAUCGAAUCCACACACCGAGCGCUCGUCACAGAGAACCUGACUGUUCAUCCAGCAAGGCAAAUAAAUUAAGAUCAAUGGACAGCUUUGUCACUGACACGUUGACAGAGUGGCAGCUGACAGACCUUGUUGAAAGAUUUCAAGAUGUCUUUGUGUUUUCUAUUUUUGUCUUUCAGAGGAGGGGAUUGAUGAGGAGAGUUUUCUUCUUUUAGAUGAGGCUACCAUCAACCAGUUGAUCCCAAGAGCUGGCCCUAGGCUGAAGUUCAACCAGCAGGCCGCGAAGCACGGCACCGACACCACCACAAACGCCAGAUGAUGCAAGGGCUCUUAUACCAGAAUGUACCAUAUCAGACGAACGUGCAUCACAGCUUAAAGAAUGGUUGGGAAACAAUUCUCAGCCCCUCAGCCAGAUAGAGUCCUACAUGGAGAACACGGCAGUCUACAGGGCCAAGUGGAUUAGGGACAACAAUUGGACCAUCGAUCAGAUCCUCGAAGAGUUCCUCAGCCUAAUGACCAAAGGCAUGAUUGCACAGGACUUUCUUGUCCUGCAUGGGGAUGCUGCUUCAAAAUUGUUUGAAACGUGGCUACCCAUUUAUGCUGACAAGAUCCUGUUCCUGGCAAGACAGGAGGGGAAGCUGACAUUGCCCCUGGAUGGAUUAACACCAGAUGGCGUUGGGGAUCUCGCCCUUAGGCAGCUGCCAGCCUUGCUUCCACCUACAACAUACAAAGCUGGCCGUGGCCGCGGUGCAAAAGUGGUUCGCCACACCAUCCAGGAAUGCAGCUUGGCCUUCAUCGACCAUAAGCCUCCUGGAAUAAACAUGGUGGAGUACCUCCAUGAGGCCAAGGCAUGCAAGCCAUACCCCCACAUCCUGACGCUGGGAAAUGAGCAGAGUGCAUUUCAGGCCUUUGCCAUAAUAGCUGGACAGGCCCUGGAACAAGAAACACUGCUUCAGGCCAUUGAUGUCUGCUUUAAGGCAUUCUAUGUCUUUCACGUAAAAUACCCGAAGCAGUGUGAACAUGUCUGGGAAUUCAUACAGACUGUUAUAUAUGACAUGCCAGGAGGGGAAUCUAAAAUGGUCAAGUUUAUUCACAGUAGAAUACUUGCUUGCAAGUAGAGCUAAUGGCUCCCGUUGACUGUUAAAUGUUCAGCCAGUUCAUUCAUAAUUGAAUGUUUUCCUACUUAAGUGAUAUUAACUGCACCAGUUCCACUAUAUUGUUGAUAUUAAAGUAAUAAAAUAUUUUGUUUCAAAGAUUCCAUUGUUGUUUUG